AAAGUACAGCAGCGAGUGUGUGAGUCAUUUUCGACAAUCGCAGAUAAUUCGUUGUUGAAGCUAUAUCUACGGUUACACUAAGGCAGAUAAGAGUUCGAGUAUUUUGUAUUUAACGCCUGUGAGCUCAAAUAACAUCAGUUAGUACAGCAGGAAAAGCUCGGUGGUGUGUAUCGGCUUCAAUUGUAUUAAAAAAAAAUGGGGUGUUUCCGUGAUUUUACGGCUGGGAUAGCCAAGUAUAUUUUGUUCCUCUUCAAUUUACUUAUUUUGAUAUGCGGGAUAGCCCUCAUAGCCCUCGGUGUUAUUUACAAGGUAAACAGUAGCGGCAUAGAUUUUAUGUCCCUUAGCUCUUUAGCUAUAGCCAUAGGUGCCAUAAUAUCACUAAUUGCCUUCUUUGGAUGUUGCGGAGCCAUCAAGGAAAGUUCUUGUAUGUUAACGACGUACGCAGCUAUAGUUCUGACUCUCUUCAUCAUCCAGGUCGUCCUUGCUAUACUAGCGUUCGUUGCGAUUAGAAAUGAAGGCACGGAAGUCUCAAGCUUUAUCAGGGAUCACUUGACAAGUCUAUAUAAUAAUCAGAAUUCAUUGAAUUUGGAGACUUUGGAGGUCAUCCAUCGCGGUUACGAAUGUUGUGGACUUGAUGGCCCAACUGGUUCAGAAGUACAAAAUAACACACAGGUCAUGUCGAGUUGCUGCUCUAAGACUGUUACAACAUGUACCACUACAAUUGCUUUCCAGAAAGGAUGCGUCUCUGCUAUGACGGACUUUUUGAAUACAAAUCUUAAAAUCAUAGGAAUUAUUGCGAUAGUCUUUGCAGUAGUAGAACUUCUCUGUUCCAUCUUUGCCUUCUAUGUAAGAAAUACCAUAACCAGCCGUGGAAAAUAUGUAUAAAUCAUCAAAUUUAUGUAGUCAUAAAUGGUUUCUUAAUAUAGGGCAUUUUAGAAAAGAAUGAUUAUUUGUACUCGUAUAAGAAAUUAAUAGUAUUUCUCCUUUAAGUAUCCGCCAUUAAAAUCAAAGCCAAAGAUCGGUAGCAAGUCAAAUUUAAAGAAAACUGUUUUUAUUUAUUUGCCUGCUAUAGCAAUAUUAAACAAAACAUAUUUCUUAGCAGAAACUAUAAAGUUGUAAAUAUAUUCACACAGAAAAACUAUUAAUUCGAUUAAUUACUACACUAGUCUUUAUUCUUAAAAAUGUAAAUAAAGUAUAUGUAUCUGAUGUAGCUGUAGAACAGUUAUACUAUUGUAUGUGAUAACGCAAAGAAUAUUUUAAUUGUAGUCAAUUAUGUAUAUAGUAAAAUAAAAAAUAAAUCAAUA